AUGCCUGGUCAGCUGGCCCUGAGAGGAUGUCUGUACCUCCUGGUCAUUGUGUUGCUGCACAGAGGACUCCCGUUCUGCUCCUGGUCCACGGCCUCAGCUGUGCAUCGCAGGACCCUUCGAUGUCGAGGUUCAGAGGCGGAAAGUGAGAAGAACUGGCCGCGGAUGUACUACCAGGAGAACCGGGGCACCCCGCUGGGGAAGGCCUUCUGGGGCCGGUCUACCACCGAGAAGUGGGGGGAGUUUGCCGAGGGCGAUCCUGGCAAGUUCGACAAGGACGAUCUCGUUGAGGCCAAGUACCCCGGGACAGACGAUUGGUACUGCGCACAGGUGAUGAAAUAUAUCGGCGAGGGCGAUUGGAUCAUCCAAUGGAUGGAUGACAUGCCUGACGAUGCCGCCAAAGCUUCCGUCGUGCCGACGAAGGAGAUGAAGCAUGUCAAGCUGAACUUCGGCCGCUGA